UUUGUUUUGUUUUUUUACUGUCAAAGGAAACAUAUACACACACACUUGUUGUGACAGUUAGGGGGAGUUGUGAGUGACAGUGGCAUUUAAGAGAUAAGAUCAACUCUCAACUCUUUUUUGUCUGUCUCCCUUACCACACAGAUUCAUUGAUUGAUGGCAAAAGCAAUCCUUUUGUGUAACAAAUGGUAUGGACAUGGACAACAAUUCUGGGCCACACAUUCCUUCCAAAAUUUCACCCACUGGUUUGUUCACUUACCUUCAUUACAUUGUAAGAAAAUGGACAUCAAGGUGAAGGCGGUGACUUCCUCGGAUUCAAAUGCAAAGAAAGCAAAUUUGUUUGCUGCCAAAAAGGAAAGAGUUAAACUACCAACAUAUGAUGAUGAUGAUGUUCUUGGAGGAAAGGAAUACCACAUCAGUGAAUUUCUAAGCCAGCCUAGUGGAAUUGCAGCAGUGUUGAACACAAAGGUCUUACAAUCAUUUCAAUCUCUUGAUGCUAACACAUACAGGUGUGAACUUCCAAAACUUAAACUUUUGAAGUUUGAAGUUUCUCCUUUCAUAGAUCUGCGUGUUACCUCAACUGAUGAAGAUUGCUUGGUUGAAAUGAUUUCUUGUAAGUUUGAGGGUUCAGAAAUUGUGGAAGAGCUAAACGACCACUUUUCAGCAUUUAUGGUAAAUCACAUGACAUGGAGUGACGCUGAUAUUGAAUCAUUUUUGGAAGUUGAUGUGAAGUUGAAUCUCACACUUGAGAUCUACACACGACCAUUCACUGUAAUGCCUAUUUCAGCUGUUGAAGGUCCUGGAAACAUAAUGAUGCAAGCUUUGGUGGACAAGCUCGUGCCACUUCUACUUCAACAGAUGGUACAAGGUUAUGAUGAAUGGGUUCAAAAGCAAACGUAUCAUCUAAACCAGUCUUCUAGUGAAGGAAAUUUUGUAGUAGAGACAACAGAGGGAGGGAGAACCUUUUGAUGUUUAUGAAAUAGGGAGAGAAGAAAAUGAUUAAGUACAAGCAUUUGGUUUUAGGAAGUUUGUGUUAAGACUGUCAAUGUAAUGUCUCUUCUGCAAGUAUCUUAUUUUUUUGGUUACAAUAAAUUGAUUUUUAGUUUGGUAAGGAAUUACAUUAUUAUAAACUUAUAAGUGUUAUCUGAGCUUUGCAGCCUACCUUUAUAUGUACAUGGCAAAGAAAAAAACUGUUAACAGUGCAA